AUGGGAGAAAUACGUUAUGAACUUGUCAAUUCUUUAUAUAGCAGAGGAUUCGUUCUUAUGGAGCCAUGUAUUCUCCAAUCAACCGAAAGGAUAUGGGAAUUUAUGAACAAAAUAAUUGAUGAGAAUGAAACGCUCACUCAAGUAGAGAAAACGUACAUGGUGGAACGCCUGCAAAGAGAUAUUGAUGGUUAUUGCGUUUUGGCACAGGCAGGAAAGAAAAGAAAAUGCGAGCAUUGUGGAAAUUGGGCACACGCAGUUCAAUACUGUGAGAACUGUAUUCGAAAUUAUUUAGCCAAAGAAUUUUCUAAUUGGACUUCAGGAAACGAAAAGAUCGAUAUGAUAAUCCAGGAUUGUCAAAAUCUACUAACUAUACCGAGUAGAAUAGUUGAAUGGAUACCGUUUGACAGAUUCAAAAAUAUCGAGUACAAGACAAGAGGAGGCUAUGCAUCUAUUUUCGAGGCCAACUGGGAAGACGGUCGUUAUGAUAAAUGGGAUUCCGAGAAUCAAAAACUUGAGAGACGUGGCUCAAUGAAUGUGAUUCUUAAGCAAUUAGAUAAUUCCGAAAAUCCAAAGUCAAAGUGGUUCGAGGAGACAAAAGCACACCUCGAAUGCGUAACCAAGACAAAUCUCAAUGUAGUCAAAUGUUAUGGUUUGACCAGAGAUCCAACAACUAAUAAUUACAUGCUCGUGUUAAGUCACAUGAGCUCUGAAAUUUUUUCAGAAGUCGAUUCGAGUUUGCGAUCAAUGUAUCAAAAUAAGCUGGUGGAAGUUGAGUUCAUGACUACCACCGAUGAAGAAUCAAUCUCAGAUGAUGUUAAAAUAAUUGAUGGUUCAAUGAAUGAUUACACCAGUAAACUACAUCCAUUUCAAGUCCUCGAUGAACUCAGAAAUGCAAGUGAAGGAGAACACGAAGAUUAUCAUAGUUUACAGCUUGAUCUUGUUUUGCCGCAAGUAAUAAUAUCAUUUCUCAUGAUUUCUAUAACUGGCACUUACAUUACUAAUACAAAUAACAUGAAAAAAAAGCUGGAAAAUGGUAUUUACGUGGCAAAGGUUAUUCUCUACAAAGACUUAAAUUUGAAGGACUAUACUGGACAGUCAGAAGUAGUUGAUGAACAAACAGCAUAUGAAAAUGAAAAAAACUUCAAAGAAGUAACGUUAGACGUCUCCGACACAUAUUCGCCCAAGGAAUCAAAUCCAGAAAACAAUUAUAAUUCAAUAGCCUUGAGGAUUCUUGAAGAAAACGAACCCGAAUUGUCGUGA